CGCUUGGAGAGGCAGGCGCGCGCGCAGCGGCGUGACUCGCAGGGCUUUGGCUGCAGGGGCGAGAGGGGCUUCGCGGAGCCUGCUGCCUCGGGGUGCAAGCAUGCGCCAAGCAGGCGUCAGCAUGGGGCAGCCCCCUUUGCGCCACCAGCAGCAGCUCCUGCUUCUUCUCCUGCUCCUCCUCUGGAGCCCUGGGUUGUGGGCAGGGGAGCCUAGUGGUCGCAGCACUAGCAGCGCCCUGGAGGAGCUGGCCACCGACCAGGAAGCCGAGGCCAGCCACCGCCAGGACAGCGCCAGCCUCCUGACCUUCAUCCUCCUGCUCACCCUCACCAUCCUCACCAUCUGGCUCUUCAAGCACCGCAGGGUCCGCUUCCUCCACGAAACCGGCCUGGCCAUGAUUUACGGACUGAUUGUUGGAGUGAUCUUGAGAUAUGGCAUACCUCCUACCAGUGGUCAUGAUAAGCCAUUCAGCUGCUCCCAGGAGGAUCGGGCUUUCACAACCCUGUUGGUCAACAUCAGUGGGAAGUUCUUCGAGUACACUUUAAAAGGAGAAAUAAGCCCUGGAAAAAUACACAAUGUGGAACAAAAUGACAUGUUGCGAAAAGUUACCUUUGACCCAGAAGUAUUUUUCAACAUUCUUCUGCCUCCCAUUAUUUUCCAUGCUGGUUAUAGUCUGAAGAAGAGACACUUCUUCAGGAAUUUGGGUUCUAUUCUGACUUAUGCCUUCCUGGGAACUGCAGUUUCUUGUUUCAUUAUUGGGAAUCUUAUGUAUGGUGUUGUAAAACUAAUGAAGCUGGUGGGACAACUCUCAGAUAAAUUCUACUACACAGAUUGUCUUUUCUUUGGAGCCAUUAUAUCUGCUACUGAUCCAGUCACUGUUCUUGCAAUAUUUAACGAUCUUCAUGCUGAUGUCGAUCUCUAUGCUCUGUUGUUUGGGGAGAGUGUUUUGAAUGAUGCCGUUGCUAUUGUACUGUCUUCUUCCAUUGUAGCAUAUCAGCCCACAGGAGAAAAUAUCCAUGCAUUUGAUGCAGCAGCGUUUUUUAAAUCUGUUGGUGUCUUCCUUGGUAUCUUCAGCGGCUCUUUCAUGAUGGGAGUGGUGACAGGGAUUGUGACGGCGCUGGUAACAAAGUUUACAAAACUUCAUUGCUUUCCUUUGCUGGAGACGGCUCUCUUUUUCCUAAUGUCUUGGAGUACAUUCUUAUUGGCUGAAGCAUGUGGUUUUACAGGUGUGGUGUCUGUCCUGUUCUGUGGAAUCACGCAAGCUCACUACACGUACAAUAAUCUGUCAGUUGAGUCAAGAAGCCGAACCAAGCAGCUCUUUGAAGUUCUGCACUUCCUAGCUGAGAACUUCAUAUUUUCUUAUAUGGGCUUAGCUCUGUUUACUUUCCAGAAGCAUGUAUUCAGCCCUAUAUUUGUCAUUGGAGCUUUUAUAGCUGUUUUCCUGGGAAGAGCGGCACACAUCUAUCCACUCUCUUUCUUCUUGAACUUGGGCAGAAGGCACAAGAUCAGCUGGAAUUUCCAGCACAUGAUGAUGUUUGCAGGUCUUAGAGGAGCCAUGGCAUUUGCUCUAGCCAUAAGAGACACAGCGACUUACGCUCAUCAAAUGAUGUUCUCCACAACACUCCUUAUUGUCUUCUUUACUGUUUGGAUUGUUGGGGGAGGCACAACUCCCAUGCUUUCAUGGCUAAAUAUAAGAGUUGGCGAACAUGUUCCAUCGGUGGAGGAGAUGAAUGAAAGCCGCUGGCUGUACUUCAGAGUUGGAGUUGACCCAGAUCAAGACCCACCACCCACUAAUGACAGCUUCCAAGUCUUACAAGGAGAUGGUCCAGAUGCUGAAAGAAGGAACCGCACAAAGAAGGAAAGUGUCUGGAUCUUCAGGCUGUGGUAUAGUUUUGACCACAACUACCUCAAGCCUAUUCUCACACACAGUGGUCCUCCACUAACUACAACUCUCCCCAGUUGGUGUGGAUUAAUAGCACGUUGCUUGACUACUCCCCAGGUUUAUGAGAACCAGGAGCAGCUUAGAGACGAAGAUUCUGACUUUAUCCUGAAUGACAGUGACCUGACACUGACAUAUGGAGACACGACAAUAACUGCUAAUGGAUCGUCUGGCUCACACACUGCUAUUACCAGCCUUGAUGGCAGGAAAACAAAAAGUAACUCAGAAGAGGCUUUGGAGCGUGAUCUGGGAACAGAAGCACCUGAGGUGAUGAGCAGAGGCACUCGGCUAGUAUUUCCACUGGAUGCAUGAUGACUUGCUUGAUAAAAAUGUAGCAAUAGGCCCACUGCCCAAGUAGCCAAGACAUUUACUGGCCUUACUGUCAGUGAAGGAGGUCGACAAGUCGAUUUAACAUCUCUUGUACAGGUGGUUUUAUUAAGUCUGAAGAUGCCCUCCCCUCAUCCCAAUCUCUUUUUCUUUUUUUAAAAAAUGCUCAAGAUGCUGGCAGUGUCUAAGCCAAACAAGCAAAAAAAUGGUCAGGCUCUUGCUUAAAAAACAAAUUACCUACUUGAAAUUAAAAGCAGCAUGUUAUAAUCAUUUUGUUCUGCUGCUCCACUCAGCUGAUGAGAUGUAUGGGGAUAUUAAUGAUAAUUAAUGGCUGGAAUUAUUAGCUGAAGUGGCUAAGGUAAUUCAGAACCAGCAAAAGCCUGGAAACAUGGGAGAAUUCUGCAGUUGAUGUUAGACAUCAGUGAUAAAGGUGCAAUGUUUGACAUAUACUUGAAAAAUGCAGAUGCAAAAGAGGACAUUAUAUAUAGUGGCCACAUUAUCAGAAACAUUUUUGGGGACUUGUUAUUGAAAGCCCUCCACCAUGCUCCAUGUAAUUCCAAGGCGAUAUAAAAAGAAAUAUAUUAGCAAAGUUUUGUAUUUAUGUGUCUAAAAGGGGAAAGAAAGGACAACCUCUGGACAAUUUAUUCAGAAUUUCUGUGUCUUAAAACUGUAUCUCAAAGUCCAUCUGUGUGCUGUCCAAAAUUUACCUUUUCAGCCUCAUGCCCCUAAUAAAUUUGAGUCUGAUAGUUAAACUCUUAAAAUUACCUAGAGGAAAUCGUUAGUCAUCCUGUCACAGUUUUCGAAUGACCUUCCUUUCCUCGCCUACAGUUGCGAAGACAGUAUUGAGUGAUUGCAAUGCAGUUGCUGACUUAUCAGUUGCACAAGAGGUAUUGGUGGAAUCUGCUUCAGGUUCCUGUAGUGUGUUUGGACUUAAACUGUUACCUUUAAUUCCAGAGGACGAGUUUAUGAUAAAUGUAAUGCUUAAUUGGAUGCUUGUAUCAGAACAACAAAAAAUGUUUUUCUUUCUGUUAGAAAGUCUGUGUGUACGUGUGUGUAUGUGUGUUAGUGGAAUAUUGCACUAUGAUCCUGAUGUUUAAAAAUGGUGCGGUGCCUUUUCUGUAAUAAAGGAGUACCAUGCUAUAAUCUGAAAAGGGAAGAUUUUUCCUAGGGCAGAGCUGGGAAAUCUGUGGUCCUCCAGAUACUGUUGGGACUCUUUUAAGUCCCAGCAAUCUGUUCAUUGGUGAGGGAUGAUGAGAGUAGUGGUUCCUCAACCUCUGGAGAGGCACGGCUUCCCCACUCAUGGUCUAGGCAUCAGGGAUGCUUAGUUACAAACAUGCCACAUGCAGCCCUAAUUGUGGAUGACUGAUUUUCCAUGAUGCAAUCAGGUAGCUUUCUACUGCUUUUCUCAUCAACUAUUUGGGCUGCUGAAAGCAGGUUUAUAAACAAUGUAAUGUUUUGUCUUUUAAUGGGUCAUUCUUUUUAAACUAACUGCCCUGUAAUUUAAAUAUGACAGAGAUGCUUAGAAAAAAUAAAAAAAUGUUCUUUCUCAUACUUUCCUUCAUUCCAUGACACCAUUUUUAAACUUUAUUUUAAUCUUGUCUGUGAAGAAGAAAAAAACUUGAACCAACCUAUGUAAUAAAGUUCAUCAUUUCCUCUUCUGUUUUUUUUUAAA